AUGGAAAACAAUGAUAUAAAUGUAAUUAUGGCGAGCAAAUUGUCACAAGGUGUUAAGUCAGUCAAGAGGAGGAGUAGAAAAGGGUGCUUGAGUUGCAAGAGAAGUAAGGUGAAAUGUGACGAGCAACAUCCAACUUGUGGAAGGUGUUUUCGUCGUGGAACUGAAUGUGAAUAUCCUGUAUCUACUCGUUCCACUCCGACAGAAACAACCGGAGAUAGUUCAGUUGGUGUAGUUCUAAACCAGAAGUGUCGGGUCACUAAGGAUAUGGAACAAGAAGAUGCAGGAUUUGUGCCACACGUGAGGUCAAAAGCUGCAGAGUUUAUUCGGUCACUUAUAGAUAAGAAAGGUUGUCCGGAGGUGAAAGAUUUUUCACAAGUAAUUAAAAGCAUACACUAA